GUGAUUCGACCAUUUUAAUACUUAAAUUUUAGUUUAUUGCAUUUUAUAUUGUAACUAAAGUGGCAACAGUUUUAAUAUUAAAAUGAGUAUUUUUAUAUUAUUUAGGUUUUUUUUCCUAGGACUUCUAUGGAUUCCAAUCAAUGCAGAUGAUGUUCCAAUACUUGGAAUAUCUUCAUGUGUAUAUUCAGGUAGUUAUGAUGAAAGUGGAGCUUACGGUAUAGUUUUACCAAUGCCGGUUUCAUCCCUAGCAUUGCAGUGCACAUCCUUCAUUUAUGAUGGAAUAAUAUAUAAUGGUUCAAAUGCUAACGGUUCAAUUGCUAACAGUUCAAUUGCUAUCAGUUCAAUUGCUAACAGUUUAAUUGCUUACAGUUCAAUUGCUGACAGUUCAAUUGCUAACGGUUCAAUUGCUGUACAACCUUUUGCUAGUAUAAAUAAUAUCAACGCUCUUAUCGCAUCUGGCAAGAAAGUGUUUUUAAUUUAUACUCAUGGAUCCUUAACACAAUGGUCGACAUCAUUAAAUAAUAAUAGCAUUAAUACUGAAAAAGAACAAUUAUCAUUAUUUUUACAAAAUAAUUCUGUGUCAGGUAUAAUACUGAAGGAUUUAGAUUAUAAUUAUGAUGAUCAUUUACCAUUUACCAUUGAUACAACUUUCUAUACUCAUUUAAAAGAUUACAUACUUAGUAUGAAACAAUCUAGUACCGACUUAAAAAUUGGAUUAUAUGUUAAUGCGUCUAAUAUUAUUAGUUAUAGUAUUGAUACAUCGACUCAAGAUUUCUUUAAUUUUACUAUAUUAAAUGAUGCUGUGGACUUUUAUAUAAUCGAGUUUGAUGGUUUCAAUCCGUGCAAUGAUAAAUUUAGAGGCGGAAUUGUUCCACUAUGUGGUCCUAAGUCUUUGGUUUCGUUUACUUCAGCUUUUAAUUCUACAAUGAUUCCAAGCAAUAAAACUUAUAUUCAAUUUUCAGUUAAUCCUAAUCCUGAUGCUGCUGAAAAUAAUUUGCCCAUAAAUGGAAUAACAUAUCAAAAACUUUGUGAAGACAGUAAGUACCAAAAAUUGUGGUGUGCUGAUAAUUCGGAUUCAUUAUAUUACAAAGGGCGAUUUGCUAAAGAAACAAUAAAUGCGCAAGGAAUCGUAGUAAAGUAUAUCGAUGCAAUUGAUCCUGCUGGAUCCUGCAAUUGUGAUUCCAAAAAUCAAUUUAUAACGUUUCAAAUGAUGUUACGUGGUUUUACACAAGCAGAUCCUAUAAAGGAUUGUUCACCGAUAAAUAAUCUUACAGCGGUUAAUUGUGGGAAAGAUGGAAAUCCGUAAUCUGGAAACAAAUUUAUUGAUUUUUUCCGUAAAUUGUUUUAAAUAUUAAAUGGUUAAAUGUUAUCAUAAUUUUUAUUUUAUGUUUAUCAGGGGUAAUUUAUUAUAAGUACAUUAUGAAUAAUUAUAAAACAU